AUGCACGCCAAUGCGGGCCCCCGCCCGUCGUUUGCGUUCUCGACCAAGCGACGCAGCGAAGAGGCUCAGCGACACCACCAUUCCACGGCCUCUACAUCCUUGCCGAGCAUAGGCCAUCUGACGCGUCGAAGCGAAUCCCACUUGUCUAGUACGCCGGCUGCUCUGGCAAGAGCCACUACGCAGCAGCCUGGACGAACUCUGGUACGUUCCGCCCAUGGUCCGCCAAGCUCAUAUGCAGCACAUCAUGUUCUGGGCUCUCAUUACGGAACCUCUUCUUCUUCCAUCAAAUCUCUCCCUCUACAAUCAACGCCACUCUCUGCGGCUCCUUCCUCUACGGUCUCCACGCCACGACCCAGCCUAUCUCAAUCUGAGAUCCUAGACGGUGGGUUUCAACAUGGCUAUAACCCAUCAAUAUCGCGAAAUAGCUCAAUAUCGCAUCGUAAUGGCUCCCUCAGCUCCUAUCUUCUUCUACCACAGGCGAACCAUCCGGAGCCGGCCCCGGUGUCCUGUCAAAACCAAACUCAAAAGCUCAACAUGAAACGGCUCAUGUCAAAGCCGACGGCAAUUGCGCUUCCCGAGCGCGCCUCGUCUGCCAUGGCGUUUGCAUCGACGUCUGGCUAUCGUGACGAUGCCAAUUCUAUGGACGACUAUCAGGAUAUCAAGUCCAACUCGCUUGAUAUCUUGAGGCGGUCGCGACGACGGAGCCGGAGUGUCGAUAUCAUGAUGAAUUACAAUAGGGCCAUGGCAGGGACUUCAGCCGCGCCAUCGGAGCGAGACCCGUCGUCCCCCUUACCUGCCCGACCUGGAUCUCGAUCCCGAAGCUCGGAUAACCGUGCCGUGCAUUCUUCUGCACCGCAAUCUGAAUCCUCAUUGGUGUCGCCAUCCAGUCCCGUGACGCCAGCCGCUAUAAUUGCGUUAGCGUGGAUGGAAUCCCAGAGACGUGCCGCAGUGGCAGCUGGUUCGAUAGCGGGUGGCCAACCAUCCUCUUCCUCAUCAACAGCCGUGUCCAUGAAUGGCCGUAUCACCUCAACUUCGUCCUCGUCUCCAACCGUCCGACCUAUAUCAACCCGCGCCGACGACCUCGCUCCUUCGGGCUCCAGCCACCCUCAAGAGCUUACAGCAUCUGUAGCUAUGUCUGAUGACGACCAGCGAAUUAGCUUUGCUGCAGGCUCAAGAUCCAGCGCUGAGCCUGAAGACCCAUUUGUCACAUGGGCAUUGGCGGAACAACAGUUGAAAUCCGAUAAAACUCAAGAAAACGUAAAAAGGGGUAGUGGAGCAGGUGCUACAGUGGGUGCGACGGUGAAGGAGCUUUCUAGGAGAGUGCUCGGACUUCGAGACAAGAGCCGAGAGAAGCACAAGGCUGCCUCUCAUUCCCACUCUUACACGUUUACGUCGACACCCCCCUCUUCGUUUUCAAUGGGUACGGCUCUUCCUCCCGCUUCCGCGGUCGGGAAGCUGGUUUCCAAGGCACCGCUGAGUGCAAUAUCUCGCGUCUCAACGCAUGAACGUUCACGUUCAUUUCCGCGUGCGACUAAAACCUCAUCUUCACCUAUUUCACCACAACUUGCCCACGGCCACGUUUCCCAUUCGACUCUAGAGAGCGGAGCAGCACUUCGUACAGACGGGACGGUGGUCCUCAACGACGAAGAAACCGGAUCACCAGCUCAAAUGCUGCCUUGGUCACUCCCUUUGCCAUCCAAUGGCGACCAAGAUGAUCCAGUCAUGCUCCAAGCUCAUACACCGCUAGUCAUUCCUCCUCAUCUCUCUGCACGCAGCCCAAAUUCCGAUGCAAUGAGCCCUUUGCCACCUACGCCUCGAUCUCAUACCCCCAAUACCCUGAAGAAAAGGAGUAGAGGUAAUUUGCGUCAAAAACCAUCGCAGUCUGCCAUCUCGACCCCCGUGCCAGUCGGAGGUGAUCCUACGUCGCCAUCAAACACUGUUGUUUCUCCGGCAGGCGGCCCUGACGAGGGGACCUCUGGGAGCAGCGGUGGGAAGUUGCGAGGGCUGGUCAGGAAGUUGAGUAAUGGCGGUUUGAAAAGGUCUGCUCGCUCGCAAUCAUUGCAUAUAGCCAGCCCCGGUGGAGAUAUCAGCCCGGCAACGACGUCUGCUCAUGGACAUGGAGGCAGGGAUUUCAUACCACCCGUCCCACGGAUUCCAAAGGAGUUUGAGCUGAUUGUUGAUACCGAGGCGUAUUUGGCUGAAAGGGCAAAACAACUCGAACGAAACGAUUCGGAUGGCGACUCGACGGCACCCCACGGCACACUCACGCCUCAACACGCACCCUCUCGAAAAUCGUCACGAUGCCCCUCUCCAGUACCUCUUGUCCAGCAACGAUCGAGGGACCCUACCCCAUUGAUCUCUACUGUGAGGAUUCCUCGCAGGGCUGACACCGAACCAACCCAGAGCGUAACCUUACAUCCAGAGUCGAAGUCUCUCACACUCGCCAUGCCCGUUCCAGACUCGUCCCGCGGUACAUACAUGUUUCCGAAGCGCCCCAAGCCAAUGCAAGAGCUUAGCAGCUCCCAGGGCUCGACAAGCCACUCUAUGUCUGGCACCGAUCAUGGUCAUGCAACCUUCGGGUACCGGUCGUCGUCACCCUCGCCUUCGAGUUCUGACAUGCACUAUGGGCGGCCACCGGCGACGAGCUUGGAUGAGACCCGUUCGUCAACCUCGCACCACCAUGAUACGGUUCCUAGUCGUUCACAUGGCAUUGGUCAAGCUAUAGUUUCGCCGAGGGAACUGUACCGACGAGGGGAAGACGAAGCUGCCAAUAUUCGCAGUCGUCAAGUCAAGGAUGUGUCGACCACGCGUCAACACAAGGUUCCAAGAAAACCUGUGAUUGCCAUUCCAUCCGAUCAGGUUCGACAUGCCGACCAAGCGGAUGACGUUCCGCCUCCCACGCUUUCUCCAGAGUUGCUUCCUUCGCUGAGUGCACCGCCGCCCCGGCCCCCACGCCGGCGUGAGGUGAAAAGCAAGAGCUCGCUUCCCUCGACACCUGCUUCGGCACCAGCGCUCAGACCGACUCAUGGACCUCGCCAACGUUCAAUAUCAUCCCCCGUUUCCCCCGUCUUACCGACCUUUCUUACGAGCAAGGCUGUCAAUGCGAUCCCGCUCACGAAGCGAGUGCGAAGCGUUAGCAACGAAGCAGAUGCGCCGUCGCCGUCGACAUCGCUAGAGAUGGCACUGCAAGAUACACAGGCAUCGGUCGUUCGCUCAAAGAGUCGCUCGAGCGUCAAGAGUCGCGCGAAUACACUCCCUCCGCUUGUCCUCACACCCACGCUCAAGGCGGACUCGAUCUUCUCGGGCAUCAGUAAAGACGAUGACGGAAAGGGCGUGCGUGGGCAAUCGUCCAUGGGUACUAUUACACGCGCCAAGUCGCUGUUUGGUUCCAAGUCGACGUCGACUACGCCGAAUACGAGUUCGAGCUACUUUGUGUCUCCUCAGAGCGCUGGAAGACGAUCUUCUUCGACACGGACGUCGACGGACCAUCACAAUAGUCCAGCAGAGGGGGACCCUCCACCUGUCCCAUUUACAUCCACGGCCUUUACAUUUAAAGAGCUCUCUGUCACGCCAUCGCCACGAAGCAAGCUGAUGAGUGAAGUGGAGCGUGAGGAGAUGUGGAACGAGCUUCUUGUCAAGAGCGACCUCGCUGGUGGCACGCUGAAUCUCGUCCUCGACAAAAAGGAGGGACUGUUGAGCGACAAUGCCAGCUUCAUAUCCUCACAAUGA